CAAACUGAGAAAAAGACAGAAAGGGCCUGCACAGGAGGCGCGUAUAUUUGGCAGCCGGAGCGGCCUCGUCGUGCCCCGUAUUCUCAGUUGCUUCGACGUAUUCGUCUCUCUACGGCUCAAGGUACCGGUACCGGAGGCGGUAGAGAGAGAAACUCGAAGGGAGAGGAGGUGGAGAGAGAUUGGAUGGCUGCUCUGCUCUCCGCUCCCGGAGUGGUAUCGUGCUCUCUUGGGUACUAUGCCUUAGUCUCCGCGGUUGAUUUGAUUCAUCUUUUUUCUUUAAUCUUGCCAUCCCAGAUGUUUGUUCCCCUUCAGUUUUCUUGGUUUGCAUCUUGGAAAUUUGUGAACUUCACCAGGAAUUUUGGCUGGCGCUGCUAUUUUUUGUUCUUCACCGUGCUUGCUUGGGAUAAGCUUUAGUUUUAGCAUGGCUCGCAUUGCGCGAUGCGUUUUUGUUAGAACCCGAGCACAUCUUCUAAGAGCUGACCUCUGUAUUGUAGAUUGUGUGGGGGUGGCGUGUUGGUGUUUUGGGCAGUGGGGUGGAUGGAAAUCUGCAGUCCUUUUUGUAGGAUUAUGUGCCCUGAGCCUGAAGUGUUUUCUUUUUCGCGAUUUCUUUCGAUUCCUAUUGAAUUAAUUGUGCAAUACAGUUCAAAAAAUUAAUUGUGCAAUAGAGUCGUCUUAAGGUACUGAUAUGCAUGUUAAAACUACAGGAGUGUUGAAUCAGGUUUAUCAAUGCAUGAACUGGUAGUAGCUGAAGGCUUUCUGAAGUAUCUUUCAGUCUUUCCAUAAAUACCUAAUCAAACAGGACCGGCACAAAAUUGAUGGUAAACAAUACUAAUCCUUUCUUGCUAGGACAAAGGUUUCCUGGAGAGUUCUUCAGGGUUCAAACGUCUGGGAUGGAGGGGGGAAAAGAAACUGGCUCAUGAUAGUCCACUGAUAGGCUGAUAGCAGAUACCACUUGGAACUCUGCCUGUGGUAGAUGUAACUCUGAGAGCGAUGUGGGUAGCCCGACUCUCGAGGGGAAAAGCAGAAUUAAUUUGAGGUAGAAUUUCUCAGGAAUCAAGUAUUAGUAUGAAGCUGAAUAGGGGGGAAAUUGCCUUGCUUGGUGAGACAUCAUUGCUGUAUAAAACAGGCAUGCCACCUUCAGUCAGCUCUUCAUUAAUUUUAUUGAAAAUGGAACGUUGUAGUAGGUCCUUAUCUAUUAUACAUCGUACCUAAACAUGGAAAGAGCCACUUGAGGGCACAUGUUGCGUGGAGUACUUGCCCUAGGGUGAUGCUUCUUAGGCAUUGAAAAGGGUAGGUAACAGUUUGACAUAUGUUCCUAUUUAAGUAUUUAUAGCUAUACUGGACAUUUCAUCCUGUUCCAUGGAGCAGUUAGUUUCAGAAUUAUGAUCAGCCUACCCUGUGGCAGGUGCUGUUUCUUUUCUGAGAGAAUUGGUCUAUUUCUAUUCCUAUUGUUCUGUUAUUUUCUUUGGUUCGCUCAUAUGCCUGUCUGUUUGUCCUUUUUGUUCCAAUGUGUAACGUCUAUAGCACUUCAAGUCACUAUGCAUAAGCAUAUUCCAGUGAAUGAAUACGGAUCAAAGUUAAUGCAGGUGUCAUUCAUCAAAUUUCUCUGAAGACCAGAAGCAAAAUGCUGCUUGGUGCUAAGUGAUACCAUCUUGUAAUGCCUAAGCUUUUACGGGAAGUGGAGGAUCAUCCGGUUCAUCCCAUGUCUAAGUCAAACCAUGGCUUCUUGUCAGGAAAUGACCAUGAGAUGAAGCAUUUAGGUCAUAAAAUCCACGACAAGGACUUGUCAUCAGAGUCUGGUCAGUCUCACCAAGAAGCACCUGCAGUUAGCGAGAGCAGUCUAAACGAAAACACCUCAACUCAAUCUGACAAUGAUGAAGGCCAUGGGAAACAUAAUCAGGACACAGUGCACACAGUAUUGUCCAUGGGGAAGCAAGGAUCUGCCUUUUUGCCCCCAAAACUAGAUUACAAUCGAUCUUUUGCUUGUCUUCCUUAUACUGCUGAUGCUUAUUAUGGUGGGGUCUUGACAGGAUAUCCUCCACAUGCCGUUGCCCAUCCCCAGCAAAAUCAUACAACAAAUGCUCCGGUUAUGUUGCCUGCUGAACCUGCAGAAGAAGAGCCAAUUUAUGUUAAUGCAAAGCAAUACCAUGCAAUCCUUAGGAGGAGACAGACACGUGCUAAAUUGGAGGCCCAGAAUAAGCUGGUGAAAGGCCGGAAGCCAUACCUUCAUGAGUCUCGACACCGUCAUGCCAUGAAGCGAGCUCGAGGAUCAGGAGGGCGGUUCCUCAACACAAAGCAGCUCCAGCAGACCCAGCAGCAUCAAGCAUCAGGUGGUUCGAGCUCCUCAAAGGUCAUUGGCAACAGCAUAAGCUCCCAGAGUGACCCCACCCCUGCACCUUCAACUUCAACUCCUUCGGACACCGCAAGUGCUUCAAGGGCCAACCAGGACCGCACCUGCUUUCCUGUUGGCUUGCGCCCUGCCAUGAACUUCAGUGCACCAGGUGGAGAAGGAGCAAAGCUGGUUAGGUGAAAAAGUGAAGUGGGCAUAGAAGCAUCGCCAGGCACACUGCCUGCGGCAACUCAUCCUUGGCUUUUGAAACAAUGAAUAUGCAAUGGACAUGUAGCUUAAGAGUCUCAGAAUAAUCAAACGCCCGUAUAUAUACAAGUCCUAAGAUUGCACUGGCUAAAAGAACUGUGGUUAUGAGUAUGUUUCUAGAGACUGGAAUCUAUACAUAUGCUGGAUGUGUAGACCUCAAAACUUGUUCAGCACAUAUUGCCUUUUGUGUCUGCUAGGAAAAUUGCCAUA